AUGAGUGAUCACGGACACACGUUAAAGUCCCACAAGAAUACGCGCAAGAGGACUCAUAAGUCCCUUGACCGAAUUCCAUCAGACAAUAGUUCUGUAUCAAUGACUAUUAGUGUGGAAUGCUUCAAUAACCAGCAGGGCAAGGCGAUCACUUAUCGACCAAAGUUACCGAGCAAGUAUUCAUGCUCAUGUUUCAUUUUAUUGGAUGAAGCAUCACAUCUUGCUAUCUUUGGCAAGUCAAAAUUGAUGCAUUUGUGCGGACCGGAAAUUUCUAUACUAGGUGGGACGUUGAGACCAGAUUUUACGAGGACGCUUGUUUUAUACUCUCCCACCUCUCAUACUCCUAUUUCAAUCGAACAGUGCAAAUGCAACAGUCGCAACGGUUAUUCCAAUACAGAUGUUAUUGGACAGUUGCAGUCUGUAGAAAUUAAAGUGGCACUUCGUAACAUAUGUGACCCUGAUGACGUUCGCUGUAUAAUUCAACGUCUUGUCUCUGAAUUAGACUCCAUACAGGGUUACGUUUCUAUUUUACUUUUCACUCCAUUUGAAAGUCGAGUUCUUGAUUCAGUUUCUGAAGUUAAGCGAUUCCGUUUUUUGUUCCAUUUGCCGCCGCAAGGUGCUAUUCUGCAUUUCUCAUCUGCUCAUUCUCUUGGGUUCAAUUUCUAUGAUCACGAUGGUUGUUUUGGUUAUCAGACAUCUCCGGAGAUUCUGAGUAUCUCUGAAAAGUUUAACGUUUCUCAUGAAAAAAGCCCGAGAAAAAUAUUGAUCUGCGGCCCAAAGGGAGCUGGAAAAUCAUCGCUCCUGCGUUUCUUAUGCAACAGAGCUCUUUCAGAUAUGGAGAAUUCCAGAAUGGACCAUAUAGCAAUACUUGAUUGUGAUGUUGGGCAACCUGAGUUCACACCAAGUGGAAUGAUCAGCUUAUCUCUCCUUAAAUUUCCAGUGUUUGGUCCUCCAUUUACUCAUGUAUUGUCUGCCGAUGUGGAUGUGAUUUGUCAGUGCUUCGUUGGUUGCAUCUCACCGUCUGAUGAUCCCAGUUUUUAUUUAAAAUGUCUUGAAUUUGUAUAUGGGGCUUAUUCGAGCCUGCCUGAACCGAAACCAUGUUUGAUAGUGAAUACAAUGGGCUGGAUGCAAGGGCUUGGAUUAACUUUGUUGUUGGAGCAGAUACUACUAGUAAAACCAGACCUGGUUAUUCAGCUUCAUCUCCCUGGACCUUCAUAUAGUCGCACAAAUUCUCCAGAUCUUGAUGGCAGUUCACUGAAAACAAUAGAUACCUGGAAAUGUCGGGAUAUAUCUAACGAAACAUUCCAUCAUGAUGUUCUGCUUAUAGAAUCCAAAGCCAAAUCGUACGCUGAGAAUGCCUUAAUUGAUCAACGAUGUCAUCUUAGUCCUCCUGACCAUCGUGAUCUUAUGAUGCUGACAUAUUUUAUAUCCAGUCUUUCCAAUGCACAUACUAGCUUACCACCUAGAUUAAAGAAUGAACCUCUCGGGCAUCCAGUAGCUCAUGUUCUUGAUUGUAUUCCAUAUCUAGUCCCAGUCGUACCUUCAUCAAGUCAUCAAGAUACAUUUGAAGAAAAAUUAAAUGAACAAGGUAGUGUUGUAUGUGAUGACUCUAUCCGUUUUUCUGACAUCGAUCAUAAUACUUUGCAAACGACUGACUCACCAUGCAGUGGUAGAGAAGAAAGUCAAAGUCAAUUAGCUUUUCGAAUAAUGCGACCUGAUUCUAACAUAUUCGAAAAAGAUUCUUCUCCACUUAUAUUAAACGCAGACGAUUUGUUAUCUUGUAUAAAUGCCACUUUGGUUGCUCUUUGUGUUGUACCACAAAAUCUUAUUAGAGAACCGAAUUCAGAAUGCUCAUACAGAUGGAUAGAAAGUAACCCGGUGUGUGAAUGUAUGGGUCUAGCUAUUUGUCGUGCUAUUGAUCCCAGUGCUCGUGUAAUUUAUUUAACAACUGGUGUUCCUCAGGAUAAAUUAUUAAAAGUAACAGGAAUCCUGCGUGGCAAUGUAAAUCUACCUAAUUGCUUCUUUUUAGAACAACCAUUCUUUCGAACCAGAAGCGAUAAUGAUACACCUUUUCUACCGUAUUUGGGUCCAAGCAAUACACAAGGCAAAGGACGUAUGGCACUACCAUCUCGACGUUCUUAUCCGAAGACAAUGCAUCAUGACACCCAUCGUAUGGGUACAUCAGAAAUUAUGGAAUAA